AUGAAGGUCGUCGGCGAUGCCGGUUUAAGCGUUGCAGAUCCCGGAAACGUGAAUGCUGUGUCUAAAAAGCCUAAAACAGGGAAACGUAGGGGCGGUCGUGGCUCGAGAGAUGCUAACACGCAGGGAAAUAGUUGUUAAUUUUGCGGACGUGAGCAUGACUUAGCGAAGAGUGAGAACUUUCCAGCUUUUGGAAUGAGCUGCAAUAAGUGUGGCAAGAAAAAUCAUUUCGCGAACGUAUGUUUUGGACACGUGCCUAAGCCCACGAUUCGCACGCACCCUGUGUAUUGUUUCAGAGAUGAGCUUUCGGUCAAGGUCUUUGGAGUGGAAGAAAUUUCGGUUGUAACGUUGGAUGAUUCUCAACUGGUAACGCUGAAGUUGGAAUCUGGAAAUUAUCUUCGUUUUCAGCCCGAUACCGGAGCUCAGUGCAAUGUUGUCCCUUUGCAUCUAUACAAGAAAGCCACUAAGGAUGUUGAUUUGUGCAAUGUGACCCCUGUUAAUACGGCGAUCAUUUCGUAUUGUGGUACCUCAAUUCCUAUCCUCGGGAAAGUUCGUUUGAGUGUAUGGCGUGGAGAUUUUAGAUGCCUGCUUGACUGCAAUUUGGUUGACAGCAAGAAAGUCAGACCUGUUCUUGGCAGGAAAGCUUGCAUGGGAAUGAACAUUAUCCAGUAUCUAGACAACGACCAGUUAAACCGACCGUAGGAGUCUGAUGGUGAAGUUUAUACACAUGAUGUUCCGGCCAGUUCCAAGGUCUCCGCUGACCAGCUGAUUAAGUGCUUUCCCCGUGUCUUCGCUGAUGGCAUGGGUGCACUUGCAGGCGAAUAUCACAUGGUGCUGGACGAGUCGGCUAGGCCAGUUCAACAUCCUCCUCGCAGAGUUCCAAUUGCGAUCCGCGAACGUCUUAGAGAGAUCCUGGAAGAUUUAGAGAAGCGUGAAAUUAUUGCUCGAGUGACAACGCCCACCCCUUAG